CUGUACUAUUAUGGUCUAAAAUUGCGGAAAGUUGGCCAUGUUAUUUCACCAUCCGCAUCUGAACAAAAUUAACAACCAACCCUCCUCAAAACUUAACAUCCUUCAAUCUAAACCUUUUACCCAAAAAAAUCGGUCUCACACUCUUAUAUAUGGAUGCCAAACCCAUGCCUUACACUUAUCAUGUUCCUAUCAUUCAUCAUGCCUCACACUUCAACAACUUAAGAUGGCUGGGUUCAACUCAGUUCCUAAUUGGCUUCUCAUUCUGAAGGAGGAGAAAUUUUUCACUCGCUGUUUGAGUCAUGGCUCUGUAAAAAAGAAUGAGAAAAACGUUUUUUGUUUAGAUUGCUGCACCAGCAUUUGCCUCCACUGUUUACCCUUUCACCGCUCGCACGUCUUUCUUCAGAUACGAAGAUACAUGUACUAUGAUGUAUUGCGGCUUGGUGAUGCUGAAACAGUGUUGAACUGUUCCCUUGUUCAAGUAAGAAAAAGCCAGAAUGUUAUAAAACAUAGUAUAGAUAUAGUUAUUCUAACUCUUUCUGAAUUCAUGAUGACUAAACAGCCGUACACAACAAAUAAAACCAAGGUUGUGUUUUUGAAACAGAGGCCUCACACUCGUUCUCACAGAGGCUCUAGCAAUCUUUGCAUCACGUGUGACCGUAACCUCCAAGACCCUUACAUCUUCUGCUCUCUGUCUUGCAAGCAGGUGCAGCAACAUCUUCUACUGAUUACUGAAAGCACAACCAUGGAGGGAACUUGCAACAAGUAUGAAUUCUCUGUGCUGCUCGACAAAGAACGAAGCAGGGAGAACGCGCAGCAAAUUGAAGAUAGCCAAAUCACAACAGAUUCAGAACUAGACUCACCCACAGUUUCUGGGUCAACAAGUGUGGCAGAGAGUGUGAAUGAUUCACUCAAAAAGAAACGUGGCAGUGUUGACCUGGUGCCAGAGAUUUGGUACACCAUGGUGAACCGGAGAAAGGGUGUUCCUCAUCGAUCUCCACUGUACUAACAACAUAUCCUCCAACAGAUUAUUCUUUUGAAUCAAAAACAGCCAGAGAUAUUUUUUAUAAUGCUGUCAAUUUAUAGAACAUUUUUUUUAUUACUUGGUCUCUCUGUUCUUGACUUCCUUAUGAGUUAUGCAAUUUAUACGCAGUCCCCUUAUUAUUCAUCGAAA